ACAGCAGCGCCUGGGCAUGUUGAAGGUGUUUGUGUUGUGCUUCAGUUGAACACCGGGGUAAUACCCGCGUAAGGCGUUAGUUGGAUUUGUGUGGUAAAUGAAAGCUGAUUUCCGUGGGAACUAACAACGGUUCAUCAGGUAGACUGCCUUGAUCGGACAGAGCGAGCGUCUCGAAGCAGAACGCCUCGUCUGUCGCCGAGGCGACGCUCAGGGAUCGCUCCCGUGUCGACGGUCAGCGGCCGGCCCUCGCGCCGCUCCAUUAUCGGCAGAGCUCUAACGCGGCAAGCUCCCGCGUGUCAGCCGGAGUUUCGGGAAGUCUCAAGUGGCCUUCACGAAGCCAGACGGUGGGCCGGACACACACAGCUGACGGCGCCCACCGCGCACGUGCCGGCCAGCUCCAGCCAUGCAGUCGGACGACGUGAUCUGGUCCAUCAUUAACAAGUCGUUCUGCUCGUUCAAAGUGAGCACGCCGACGCAGAAGUUCUGCCGGAAUGAAUACAACCUGACGGGACUGUGCAACCGGUCGUCGUGUCCGCUGGCCAACAGCCAGUACGCCACCAUACGUGAGGAAGGCGGCGUCUGCUUCCUCUUCAUGAAGACCAUCGAGAGGGCGGCGUUCCCCAACCGGCUGUGGGAGCGCGUGAAGCUGUCGAAAAACUUCGAGAAGGCGCUCCAGCAGAUCAACGAGAACCUCAUUUACUGGCCCGGCUUCAUACAAACCAAAUGCAAACAGCGGCUGGUGAAAAUCCACCAGUACCUGGCGCGCAUGCGCCGGCUCCGGCUACAGCGGCAGAAGAAGCUGGUGCCUCUGCCGCGCAAGGUGGAGCGAAGAGAGGUGCGCCGCGAGGACAAGGCUCUGGUGGCGGCCAACAUCGACAAGGCCAUCGAGAAGGAGCUGCUGGAGAGGCUGAAGAAGGGCACGUACGGCGAUGUGUACAACUUCCCGCAAGCGACGUUCGACAAGGUGCUGUCGAAGGAGGGUGUUGAGAGCGACGAGGAGGAAGAUGCCGAGGAUGAGGAGGAGGAAGAGCCGGAGCUGGAAGAGGAGUUGGAGCGCGAGUUUGUCGCCGACUUCGAUGAGAGUGACGCCGAGGACAUUGAGGACUUGGGCGCUGAGUCGUCGGACAGCGAGGCGGAGCCGGCGGCGGCAGCGGCGCGGCCGGCCGCGCGGAAGAAGCGGCCUCACGUUGAGAUCGAGUACGAGUACGACGAGCCGUCCACCAGCAGAGUCAGGACGUGACGCCAGAACUGGCCGUCCCGGUCGGCUGCGGCGAACAGUGGCGUGUUUUGAAUACAGCGAGAGCUCCGUAA